AUGAGCAAUUUAAAAGUGGCUGUAAUUGACUUUCUAGAGAAUCCAGUAAUCCCCAUUUUACUAGGUGUUGGAUCUGUAGUAGUGCUAACAACAGUAAUCGCGAAAUGUCUUUGGGGGAAAAAAUCAAAGACUUCCAAAAAGUUAGUUGCACUUGUGGAUCCGAAUAGCAAAUAUCCACUGCCACUCAUAGAAAGAGAAGAAAUCAGUCAUGAUACUAGAAGGUUUAGAUUUGGAUUACCUUCAUCUGAGCAUGUUUUAGGAUUACCUGUAGGGCAGCAUAUCCAUCUGUCAGUUAAAAUAGAUGAUGACCUCAUCAUAAGAGCUUACACUCCAGUGUCCAGUGAUGAGGAUAAAGGAUAUGUUGAUUUAGUUAUUAAGGUGUAUUUCAAAAAUGUACAUCCAAAAUUCCCAGAAGGUGGAAAAAUGUCUCAGUACUUAAAUAACAUGAAAAUAGGAGACACUAUUGAUUUUCGGGGGCCAUCUGGACGUCUACAGUACACUGGCAAUGGAACAUUCUUAAUCAAAAAAAUGAGGAAAGAUCCUCCCGUUAAAGUUGUUGUCAAGAAACUAAACAUGAUUGCUGGUGGCACUGGUAUCACGCCAAUGUUACAGCUUGUUAGGCAUAUAUGUAAGGACGCCAGUGACCGUACAGAAAUGAGGUUGCUUUUCGCUAAUCAGACCGAAGAAGAUAUUUUGCUGAGAGAUGAACUCGAAAAGUAUCAGAGUGAACACCCUAAUCAAUUCAAACUGUGGUACACUUUGGAUAGACCAACAGAAGGAUGGAAGUACAGCGCAGGUUUCAUCAAUGACGAAAUGAUUAAAGAGCACAUGUUUCCUGCUGGUGAUGAUGUGUUUGUUCUCAUGUGUGGACCACCGCCUAUGAUUAAUUUCGCGUGUAAUCCUGCCUUAGAAAAACUGGGUUUCAAGGAAACUCAACGCAAAUUUGUCGCAAACGUAUUGAUAUCAUUUGAAAUGAGUCUCUUAAUGUUGCAGAACCAACAAAUGAAUAUAUUCAUCUGUGUUCAAGUUCCAAUCGUAACGAUUAUCGAUAUACUUUUAUCGAUAUUUCUCUGCCUACGUUGUCAGCUGUUCCUCAACGAAGUAAAAACUACAAAGAAACUAUCGACAAACGUUAUGGCGCUAAAUCUUACUGGGCCAUUAAGAGAGAAAGCUAAAAGAAUGAGAAAAAUGAUAGAAGAGAUGCCGCCUAAGUUCUCUGUUUACGAUAUGUGGCAUAUGGAUGCGUUCCUUCUGCUAAAAAUUAUUCACCUUCUGUCCAACUUCAUUAUAACAAUGUUGCAAUUUACUUUGCGAUAA